AUGACGGAUUUGUUGAACAGGUCUGGAAUGGUUGACUGCAAACCACUUACUACACCUGCGUCGGUCUCUCAGCCGGUCACCCCAUCCGAUCAACCUUACGAGAACCCAACACAGUAUCGUUGUAUUGUUGGAGCAUUGCAGUAUCUAACCAUCACUAGGCCAGACUUAGCGUACGCUGUUAACCGCCUAUGUCAGUUUAUGCACUCACCCACGAUUGACCACUGGGCCAUGGUCAAACGCGUGUUGCGGUAUAUCAAGGGCACUCUUGACUAUGGGUUGCACCUUGUAGCGUCACCGACUUCUACUAUUCAUGCCUAUUCAGACUCUGGCUGGGCUGGCUGCCCGAUUGACAGGAAAAGCACGAGUGGGUAUGUUGUCUUCUUAGGGUCUAAUCUCGUUUCAUGGCUCUCUCGGAAGCAGCGCACGGUGGCCCGCUUAUCCACUGAAGCCGAAUAUAAGGCCUUGGCUGACGUUGCAGCUGAAGUUACUUGGGUUGUCUCCCUGUUACGUGAGCUAGGGUUACAUGCUGGCCAGCCGUCCAACCUAUGGUGUGAUAACUUGGGAGCAACGUAUUUAUGUGCGAAUCCGGUUUUUCACGCUCGGACGAAGCGUGUUGAGAUCGACUAUCAUUUUGUUCGUGAUAAAGUGGAUUCAGGUGACUUUGUGGUUAAUUUUGUCUCGACCAAGGACCAGCUUGCGGAUAUCCUCACCAAGCCACUCACAGGGCCUAGACAGUCUGUUAGGAGGUCUACCGAUCUCACUCCACGAUCCCAUAGCCAAGAUAAAACUUCUUUACAUGCAAUUGCUUAUGCCAUAAGAGGGGAGAAGCAGUCUAUCAAUGGCGCCUGUAAAGCUGAGAUAUACGACCCCUGUUCGUCUAGGAGGAUUGCCCCUACAGUGGCUUUAUUCGUGGUAUGGAAAUAUGCUGCAUCAAAAUAA